AAAUAAAUUUGAGCAAAAGAUUCUUUAACCGAAAUAAAGUGCAAUUAAACAGCCUUUAGUAUCUAAUACAGUGUACGGAAGACGACCUUCAAAACUAUUUACCAACUGUCAUAUUUCGUGUCUAAUGUUCUAUAUAAUUCGGUUCGUAUUACAUCAAACCAUGUCUAGAUCUAAAAAAUAUUUUCUUGAAUAAUUUUUUUUUUGUUUUGAAAGGAUUGGGCGGCCCACUGCCUGGGAUAUCUAGUUUUAUUUCCGAACAUCAAGUUGCAGCAGCAUUGGCUUUACAAGGGAUAGGAGCGGCUUGUAUUUGUAUGGGAUCAUUAGCUUAUAUGCUUGAAUGCGCUACAAAUUCUAAACUCUCAAAUACCGAGCAUACAAAGACAAUGGUGAGUAGUUUAUGGUUGAUGUGCUGGUAUAUGAGUGGAUCUCUGUGUACCUCUGCAGGAAGCAAGGCAUACGAUCUUCUUGGAUUUGGAUGGAGCUGUUUCUUAGAAGCUGUCAUACUCUUUAUACCGGUGUGUUGGAUGUUUGGUAACGUUAUAUCCUCAAAACUUCAGAGUGUGGUUAAUCAGACAAUAACAACAGAAAGUGAAGAUGAAGAUGAUAAAGAUUUGAAAACUAAACUAAUUCUACCAAUUUAAUUUAACACAAUUCAAAAUUUAAUAAA